AUGUCCGCCCCAGCAGCCCAAGACCGCAUCACCUGCCACGUCCUCGACACGACCGCAGGCCGCCCCGCCCGCGGCCUCCGCGUCCGCCUCGAGCUGCAGGCCCCCGCCGCCGCCGGCACCACCACCGCGGCCUCGCACCACGGCCAGUCCGCCCAGCCCAGCCGCACCUUCGAGUCGCAGACCGACGACGACGGCCGCGUGCGCACCUGGCUCCCUUACUCGUCGUCCAACGCGUCGGGCGAGGUGCCCGUCUACACGCUCGAGGACGUGCUGGGCACCGCCGAGGGCGAGGCCGGCGCCGCCGCCGAGGGGUCGUCGACCACGACGACGACCACAACGACGUGGACCCUGCGCUUCGACACCGAGGGCUACUUUGGCGGGCCGGACGAGACCUUCUUCCCCGAGGCGGCCGUCACCUUCCGCGUCGCGCCGGGCCAGCACUACCAUGUCCCGCUGCUGCUGAGUCCGUACAGCUACACUACCUACCGUGGGAGCUGA